GUCACAGUAGCAAUGUGGACAAGUCUCCCAUGUCACAGACUGACUCUGAUCCUACCACAGGUAACAAGUCCUUCAGAUGUGACACUUGUGGGAAAGAUUUUAAGUUUAAGUCCAUAUUGAACCGACAUUUGAGGAGCCACACAGGUGAGAAGCCGUAUUCUUGUGAAACAUGUGGGAAGAGUUUUUCUUAUAGUAGUAACUUGUUUGAGCAUUUGAGGAUCCACAGAGGUGAGAAGCCAUUUGUUUGUGAAACAUGUGGGUGGAGUUUCAUACGAAGAGGUAGCUUGCAUGUCCACAUGAGAAUCCACACAGGUGAGAAGCCAUAUUCUUGUAAAAUGUGCCAGAAGAGUUUCACACGGAGAGAUCACAUGCGUACCCACAUGAGAAUCCACAUAGGUGAGAAGCCGUAUUUUUGCAAAACAUGUGGGAAGCGUUUCAGACAAAGAGGUGGCUUGCAGCUCCACAUGAGAAUCCACACAGGUGAGAAGCCAUAUGUUUGCAAAACAUGUGGGAGGAGUUUCACUCGUUGUGAUGUCUUGUCAGCACAUAUGAGAAUCCACACAGGUGAGAAGCCGUAUGUUUGCCACACCUGUGGGACAGGAUUCAGCCAGGGCUCAGAAUUGACUAGACAUUUAAGAGUCCACACAGGUGAGAGGCCAUUUGUUUGCAACACCUGUGGGAAAGGAUUCAAGCAGAAGUCAGAAUUGGCCAUUCAUUUAAGAGUCCACACAAGUGAGAGGCCAUUUGUAUGCCACACCUGUGGGAAAGAUUUCAAGCAGAAGUCAGAUUUGGCCAUUCAUUUAAGAGUCCACACAGGUGAGAGGCCAUAUUCUUGCAGUAACUGUGAGAAAAGCUUCCGUACAGCAUCACUUUUGAAAAAACAUAAAAGAAUUCAUACAGGUUAAAAGUUGUUCUUGCAAAACGUGGGGGAGCUUUCAGACGUAGUGCUGAUAUUCCAUAAAAUGAAAGAUUCAUCCUGAGUUACUAACAGAUUUCAUGUUAGGGUUGGACGAGAAUUUCUGUAGGCCUCUUAAGCGGAGCAGAUGCUGUGCGACUUUUAUUGAUCGUAUACGAUGUGUUAACAAUGAGGGUGUGAAUUUGGUUUUCCCCACGGGGGUUCUUUAAGUGUAAAAAAAAAAAAAAAAUUGAGGAACUUGAAAAUAAAUUAAAGGGAAAGAAGGAGGCAUUAUAUAAGACAAAGAAAAUAUCGCUGAAGGAACUUAAAGAUGUAGAAAAUCAUAGAAUGUGUUUGAACAUGUGGAGGAAUGAAGCAGAAAGUAGGUUUAGAGAGAGAAUGUUCAAGGAAAUGUCAAAAUCAGGAAAGCAUAAAGGAUGUCUUGUCAAUAAAAAAAGAAAACAGUAAUCUGCCGCUCAGUUCUCUGUAUCUGCAGUGUACGGCUCUGAAGCUGGACCCCCACCUUGACGCCUGCCCACCACCUGCACCACCACGGCCCAGACAGUCUGUCACGCACAAACUUCAGGACAGACCUGACGUCAAACCCCAAUCAUACGACCCACCGGUCUCUCUGGGCCUUCUGUCGCGGCAGACAACGUGCAGUGGUACUGCGUAUGACAUGAGUGCAGCCACUGGCCCAUCUUCCAAUGCUGAACUAUCAUUACCCAUGGUUGAAGUGUCUGGCCCUACUGGUCCCAUCCUUGUGUUCUGAACAUGGACCACUGAUGAUAUUACUGCUGCAGCACAGCAUCUUUCAGACCCAACAGCAUCUGGACAGAAAUUUGCAGAACAGUUCUCCAUUUUCUGCACUGAAUUUCGUCCCACCAUGACUGAACUGAAAUGCCUGUUAGUAACAACAAUGAAACCUGUCGAUCUCCAGCAUGUGACACGUCGUUUCCUAGUAAAUGACCUGCGUGUCUGCAACAUUGACUGGAAUCGCGCUGAUAACGCCCCAUACAGAGAUGCUGUUCCAGCCUUGGGAGUUGUGUUUCGUGACCAGUUUCCCACUAAAGUGGACAUGAGUAAAAUCACGUCUUGCAGACAACAGGAAGGAGAAUCGACAGAGGAGUAUUUACACCACCUUACAGAGCUGUUUAACAUUCAUAGUGGCCUGGAACAACCAGCUGAUUUGGCAAUGCUCCUGGUGUGUGGGAAACACAUCUUAGCAACUGCUUUCUAAAUGGACUGAGACCUGAAAUUGCAGCAGCAGCUAAGACACCAUGUAUGGGCUACACAGACGCCCAUCUGAGUGAACUACGACGUCAUGCCAGUCAUGCCCAAGAUCAGCUGCAGUAGAGACAGCGGGCCAAAGAAGAUAAGGUCAAAGGAGCUACACAUGGCAGCCAUGACCAUGUACCAAGCCGUCCAGGAACAAUAUGAGAGACUUCCAGAGAGGGGGAUGUGCUCGUGAGUUGGAGAACGUUCACCAGUGCUCCUCAAUAUUUGACUGAAGGCAGGUUGGUGGUGGCGAAGGGGGAGGAGGGACAGUGGAUGAGACCAACACUGUGCCUACAGAUGAGACACAGCAGCUACAGAUGAGUGAUAACACACACACACUGCAAUGAAGACCAGCUUGCUGAUACUAACCCGCACAUACUUAUACAACACACCAUUAAGGUAUUAGAGAGCAAAUUUGAGCCUCAGGGCACCUGUGUCAAAUGUGAAUCUGAAGCACAUGAACAAUUUCUUCAGUUCAUAUUCUUUAUUCAGGGGCAGUUAGUUACAUUCCUUGUUGAUUCAGGAGCUACUUCCUCUCUGAGGGAAGAUCAUUUAAACAUUGUUUUCUGCUCUGUUCACAUUGUCCUGUCAGUCUCUUAGACAGAGAUCUUAUGUGUAAACUUAGAAUCUAACUUUGUUCAACCUCUGAUGGUAUCACUGUUCACCAUGACAGUGACUCACACACACACACACACUCAUUUGUGCUUAAUAGCCCUUGUGAGUUAAUAUAUGUGUAUGAGUGGAAAUUGCAAAAUGGUCCACUGACUUUUUCACUUGUUGCUGAAGCUAAACAACUGGUUGUUGAUGAAUAUACUGAUUUUAUGGAACCUGGAGAUUUGCACUGCACUUCUCACAUUUAUCACGGUGCUGACGAGCACUAUGAACAGACAUGGCUUAGAGUAAAAAAAUAAAAAUAAAAAAAAAACUGUGCACAUUUGCUUUGUGCUGGAGUGAUUACCUUUAUUUUCUCACUGCCAGUCUCACA